GGACUGCUGCUAGCAAGAAGGUUUUUCCCUAGCUUGAAGGUGGCGAGAGGAGAGCGAAAUGAUUCUCGAUGUUCCCAGGAUUCCUCUCCUUUUAGUCGACUGAGCCUCAAUUACAUGGAUCCUCAUCCCGAAGCAACCGGACCAAUUUCAAUCGCAAGGAAGAUUCGGCCAACACCAACGCCUCCAUGUGCUGAGCCUGAAGAUCCAUCUGAAUCUGAGAAAGUUGUUCCCGAACCUAAAAGACAAAGAUUCAUCAAUUUCAAUUUGGUGCUGACGUAUGAUUGGCAUCUCUUCCAUCAGGGGAAGAUCCCAACCCGAGGUAACGAAGAAGCCAACUCCAUGAUUUUCAAUCUUCAGGCUAGAAGUAGCUAUUUCCCCUGCUGA